AUGGACCAGCUCUUCGCGGCUGCUCUUGAGGAGAUCGCUCUAGAAGGCCGUGACGGCUGCUCCCUUUCCGCUCUGCUGCGCCUGCUCUCCCCCACGUGCCAGCAGCUCCGCCUGCCCCUCCCCCUGGACUCCGCCUUCCGCCAGUUGCUCUUCUCCCGCCUCCUCCGCUGUCCCUCCCUCUCCCUCCUCUCCCAUCGCCCCCUCUCCGGCUUCGCUCCCUUAGAAGAGUCUGUUUUGGAUGGUUAUGGUGCAGGAGGAGGGGGAGGAGAGGAGGGAGGAAGCGGAGGUGGAGGAGGGGUAGGGGUGGGAAAGGCUUUAACGGAAGCAGCGGCGGAGAGGGGGGAGGAUGAGUGUGGAGAUGAAGUGCUGAGAGGCAAGAAACAGAGCCAGAAGAAGAAACCGGGGAAGGAGAAGGCAGUGCGGUUCCGGUGGGUGGGUUGCGGUGGUGUGCGGGGUGAGGGAGGUGAAGGAGGAGCGGGAAGCGUGAGGAAUGAAGGACACGGGAAGAAGGAGAAAGCAGAGAAAAGGCGAGCAGCAGGGGGCAGAGGGGGAGGGGGAGGAGGAGGAGGAGGUACAGGAGGAGGAGGAGGAGGAGAAGAGGAGUGGGGAUGGGAGCGUGCAGAGAGGGAGGGGGUGGUGGUAGUGGCGCAUAAGGGGCUGAGACUGGCGUCUCUGGGCGUGUACGAGGAGAGCGAGUUCGAGUGUGGUCUCAGCGAUCUUAUGAUCGACACUCUGGAGCUCGUUGGCAAGACCAGGUGCGCAUGUGGGUGUGCGUGUGGGUGCACGGCGGACGGCGGAGUGUCCCAGGCGCAGCUGGCCAGGGGAAAGCAGGUGAAGAACAACCAGCUCAGCUUGUUAUGCCUCGCGCAGCUGGCCAAGUCAAUGCGGGCGCAGCUGGCGAGGACGAUGCGGGUGAAGAACAACAACUUCCACUACGUGCUGCGAUCACUGGAAGCCACUUCUGAGGCGCCUCAAAAUCCCUCCCUCUCUUUGCUCCUCCCUUCCUCACUUGCGUUGCUCCCCCCACUGCCAGGCGGGGCGGGGCGAGGCGGGGUGUCCCAGGCACAGCUGGCGAGGACAAUGCGGGUGAAGAACAACAACUUCCAUUACGUGCUGCGAUCGCUGGAAGCCAGACACCUCAUUGCCAUGCACGCUGUCCUGCAGUACCGCAUGGUGCAGGCAGGCAUCAUCCGCACCUUCCAAGCCUAUGUGGACUGCAGGAUGGUGCCAUGUGUGCAGCUGGUGCGGACAUACACAGAGUCACAGCUCCGCUCCUUCCUCUCCUUGCCCACCCUCCAACCACCCUCGGAUGCUCUAUUAAAGGGGUGGCAGGGGAAGGGCAAGGGAAGGGGCAUGGGUGAAGAAGCUGGUGAUGAUGAUGAUGAUGAUGAUGAUGAUGAUGAUGAUGAUGAUGAUGAGGAGGAGGAGGAGGAGGAUGAUGAUGGGGAUGGUGAUGAUGAUCUGGGUGGUGAUGAUGCUGAUGAGGAUGAUAAUGAUGAUGAUGAUGUUGGUAUUGACGAUCAAGCAGCAGCAGCAGCAGCAGAAGCAACAGCAGGGGCAGUGGGGUUGGGUGUGAAUGCAUGUGGGGCCUUGAUUCCCAGAAGAGUGGGUGAAAAGGCAGCAGCAGCAGAAGCAGCAGCAGAAGCAGCCUGUGCUGCGUGGGCUGCGUGUGGGAUAGGCGGUGAGCAGAGCGGGUGCUUGACAAUGGAGCUCAGUGCGGAGCAGCAGGUUUUGGAUGCGGUUCAGAGGCAUGCCCCUGAUGGGGUGCUGCAGCCGGAGCUGGCGGGGGCGAUGGCGGGGGUGGGCAAGAAGCGGUUUUACCGCAUAGUGCAGGAGCUGCAGGAGAUGAAGCUGAUCACCGCACACGCCGAGAACCACCAGCGCAUGACCGUCUACCGCCUGCGCGCCCUGGGCCCCCCUCCUGCUGCUGCUGCUCCUCCUCUGCUGCUGGAAGCAGCGGUGGGCGACGGAGGUGGCAGGGGGGGAGGAGGAGGAGAGGGAGGAGGGGGAGGAGGAGCGGGAGGAAGAGGAGGGAAAACAGGAGGAGUGGCAGCAGAAGCGGUGGGUGGGGCGGGUGAGGAGGAUGGAGGAGGAGGGAGUGGAAGGGAUGGGAGGGAGGAGGAUGGGUUUGGGGCACUGGCUAUAGUGCCUUCUGCUACUGCUGUUGAGGGGUUUCUUGGGUACGGUGAGGCAGAAUGUGCUGGUGCGGAUGGUGGUGGUGGUGGUAAUGUUGAUAGCGAUAGUGAUGGGGAUAGGGAUAGUGUUGCUGAUAGUGAUUCUGAUGGUGAUGGUGAUACAGAUAGUGGUGAGUCCAGGCAGGGAGGAGUGGGAGCGAGGGAAGGUAAGGGGAGUGGUGCAGAAGCAAAGACAGGGAGGCCGAGAGGGAGAGGGAGAGGAAAGGUAGGCGUGGUUGAGGGAAGGGACGAGGAGAGCGAGGGUGGUAGGGGGAAAGGAAGGGGUAGGGGGAGGGGGAGGGGGAAGAAUGAAGUAGGUGAAGACGCAACAGCUGAAGCAGAGAUUGCUAGGCAAGGCAGAGGGAGAGGGAGAGGGAAAGGGAGAGGUAACGGGGGAGUGGUUGAGGAAAGUGAUGAGGAGGAAUGGGGUGAUAUGGGAACGGUUAAGGGGAGGGGGAGGGGCAGGGGGAGAGGAAGGGGAAGGGGGAGGGGGAAGGGGAGGGGGAGGGGGAGUGGGAUUGGGAUGGGCAGGGACAUAGGAGCUGAAACAAGCGAGUUAGAUAAAGGUGAGGGUGUGGAUGAAGCAGGUGGGAAGGAAUCACAGGUGGUUGAAGCAGAUGGAGUAGCAGUGGCGAAAGUAGAGGAUGGUAAGGAAGGAAGAGGGAGGGGGAGGGGGAGGGGACGAGGAAGAGGAAGAGGGAGGGGGAGGGGAAGGGGAAGGAGCAUUGCAAGAGGGCAUGAGGGAGAGGGAAGCGAAGAGGCUGUACUGAGAGAGGAAAUCGAGGAUGCAGAUACAAAGGAGAGGGCUGGGAUUGGUACAGGUGCUGUGGUGGCGAGAGCUGAUACGGCUGAGAGAAGGGAAGAAGGGCAGGCAGAUGUAGAUCCAAGAACGUUGACGUUGAGGGGGGAAGCAAUCCUAGAAGGGCAGGAGGAGCAUGUGGGAGAGGCUGAGGAUUCUGUGAUUGCGCUGGGGGAUGAGGAUUCUGUAGUUGCGUUGACAUUUGAGGAUUCUGUAGUUGCGUUGACAUUUGAGGAUUCUGUAGUUGCGUUGACAUUUGAGGAUUCUGUGAUUGCACUGGAGGAGGAGGAGUCUGACUUGGUUCUAGCUGCUGCAUCGGGUGAGGGAGAAGAUGAGAGAGGGAGGCGGGGACGCAAAUGCAGGAAGAUUGAUUUUGGAUUGAAGGGGAAGGGAGAUGGUGAAACGGGAGAUGGGAAGGGAGAUGGGAGGGCGGCAGCAGCAGUAGCAGCAGCGGCAGUAAGAGGAGUGAGGACUAGAGCUGGUUCGUUGCUGGCUCCUGCUGCUGCAGCAGCAGCAGCAGUUGAAGAGGCAGGGGCAGGUGUGGGGGUGAGUGAAAGUGACGAUACAGUGCCAGGGAAAGCAGCAGCAGCAGCGGAGGUGCAUGAAAGGAACCUUGCCGUUGAGCACUCAGCAGCAGACACUGCAGAAGGAGAGAGAGCAGAUGGGACAGCGGCAGAAGCAGAAGCACGGACAGCAGAAGAGGCAGCAGACGAAGGAGCGGAGGAGACAGCCAUAAGAAGAGAAGAAUCCAUGAAGGCAACAGAGUUAGACAUGGCCCCAUUAUCUGAUGGCAGUGGUGGUGGUGGUGGUGGCAGUGAUGGUGGUGGUGGUGGUGCUGCUGCUGCUGAUGAUGGUGGUGGUGGUGGUGCUGCUGCUGCUGCUGCUGAUGGUGGUGAUGGUGAUGAUGGUGGGGAAAGGGACAGGAGAAGUGGUUGUGAGGCACGUCACUUAUUGUCACCCCAACCCCCAUCUGAUGAUCUGGAGGUUGCUGGGUCAGGUGAAGGGGCUGGCAUGGUAUCAGCACAUCCUGCUACCUCCGCCUUCCCUUCCCCAGCCUUCCCUUCCCCCUCAUUCCCCUCCCCACAUACAAACCUCUCCCACGGUACUCCUCCUCCUUUCUCUCCUGCACCCGCUUCCCAUCCUCUCCCUCCUUCACUUGCUUCUUCCACUCCUCCUCCUCCCGCUCCCCUUUCUGCUGUCUCGCCCGCACUCGUAUCCCACGGCCCUUCUAAGCCCAUCAUCUCAAGGGUCUAUACACGCCGUCGCAACGCCACACAGCCGAAACAGGAGGCGCUUCAGGAAAAGCAGCCUGAUUGCAGUGCUCAAGAGAGGAACGGAACACGGCGAAGCAAUAAGGGCGCGCAGCAGAGAGAGGUGGAGGAGGCGCGAGGGCUUGAAGAGUGUGAGACGGAUGGAGAGAAGGAGGUAGGUGAGAAGGAGGGCAGUGAGGAGCGGAAGCAACAGCGGCAGAGGGGCAGAAGCAGGAACAAGGAGCAGAAGCGGCAGCAGAAGCAGAAGCGGAAGCAAGCAGAGGAAGCGGAGGAGGAAGUGAAAGAUCGAAAGGCGGAGCAAGAGGAGCUAGAGGAGCAAGAGGAGCAGGAGCAGGAGCAGGAGCAGGAGCAGAAGCCGCAGCAGCUAAGUCUGAGGAAGCAGCGGCAGCAGUGGCAGAAGCAGCAGCAGGAGCUGCAAGGUCCAGACGAGAGGCCGGUGUCUCGCCGUUCCAGCUUUCCCAAGGAUGAAGCACUGUGGAAGAGACGAGAGGAGACCAUUAUAGCCUUUCUUGAGGCCAAUCAGAUAGCGACGCGGUGGGAGCUGUACCGGCACAUGGUGGCGUCAGAGCGGGCCUUCCGUGCCGCCACCAUGGAUCGCAAGACCCUCAACCGCAUUCUCGACGCCAUGCGCGCGCGCGCCCUGCUCAAGCGCAUGCUCCUCUCCGUGCCGGGGGUUUCCAACGGCGGCCAGGCCCGCACUCUCGAGAUCGUGCUUUCCGGGAGUGCCGAUGCAAGCCCGGAGGCCCUUGCAGCGGUGAUUGCGCGGCAUCGGAGGCAGGAAAUGGAGAAUGCGAGGGCGGGCGCGGAUGUGAUGUGGGGGAAUAAGGUGGAGGGGAGAGGGGGAGGAGGAGGAGGAGGAGGAGGAGGAGGAGGAGGAGGAGGAGGAGGAGGAGGAGGAGGAGGAGGAGGAGGAGGAGGAGGAGGAGGAGGAGGGGAAGGAGAGGGAGCAGGGGAUGGAGGAGGGGAUGGAGGGGACGAGCAGAAGCAGCAGACAGGAGGGGAUGGCAAGAUUGUUGUAGGUGCUACUGGAAACUCUGCUGCUGGCGGUGCUACUGGCGGUGCUGCUGGCAGUGGUGGUGGUGAUGGUGCUGGUGCUGGUGGUGGUGGUGAUGGCGGUGGUAACAGAGUAGGGACGCGGGCCAACAGAUACAAGGGGAAAGCGGGAGGGAGUGGUGUGAAAGAGGAGAGGGUUUCAUGGGGUGGGAUGGAGGCAGGGGGUGCUGCUGGUGUUCGUGCUGCUGCUGCAAGAGGAGGAAUCAGAGCGGCAGGAGGAGCGGGAGGAGCAGCGGCAGGAGCGGCAGGAGCUGUGCGGAGCGCAGCAGGAGGAGGAGAGGUAGAAGCUGCUGGGUCAUUGGCACUGGGAGGAAGCGGAAGGCUUGUGAGGGGGUUGAGAGGGGGCAAGGUGGAUGGGGGUGCGACAGGAAGGUUCCAGGGAAGGAGUUUGCGACAGGAUAAAGAGUUUGACAGGCAGGAAAGAGGGAAUCUGAUGGGGGAGAGGCAAGGAAAGGACGGGCAGGAGCAGCAGCAGCAGCAGCAGGUGCAAAGGGCCAGCGCGAUUCGAGGCAGUGGGAGUGGACCAGAGAGAGCAGAGCGAGGAGAGAGAGCAGAUGGAGGAGAGGGAGGAGAGGGAACGGUGGCAGCAGUGGGAGCAGUGCGAGGGGAAGUGGGGGAGCGAGGGGAGGGAGGGGAGGAGGAUGCGGAGGCGGAGCUGUGGAGUGUGAGGAGGCGGUAUGGGUAUGUGCCGGCUAAGAUGGUGCGUGCGCGACAACUGCACCUCUUCCUCUGGUCGCAUGUCAAGUCGAGGGACACUAACACAUUUGAGCCAAACCUAGAUCCCGACAGCACCCAGGGGUGCAAGUUUGACCUGGCUACGCUUGUGCACGCCAUGCCUCUCGAGUUGUUCCUUCAGAUUGUGGGUGCGAGUCAGGACAUCCCGUCUCUCACGCCCCUGGCGCUGCAAGGCAAGCUCGUGCGGGACCUGCCGCCCUCUCUCCUGCACACGCUCUUUGAUGCUUCGGCACGCAACCGCCUCUCACGCAUCUUCAACCUGCUGCAGCGCCUGCAGCUGCUAUCCCUCCAUGUCUCCGCACCAGACCUCAAACCCUCCACCUCCACCGAACCUUCCUCAUCACAGCAUCAACAACAGCCACAGCAGCUGCCGCCACCACCACAACAGCAACACCAGGAGCAGCAGCAGCAGCAGCAGCAGCAGCAGCGAGAGGAGCACAGCUACCUAGAGCCAUCCUUCCGUGUGUUUUAUGUCCUCACACGUCGCAUUCGCCUCCAACAUCCUCCCUCCACCCAACUACCCCUCGACUCCAAAUCCCCCCUCUCCCCCUCCAACCUCUCCCCCGGUCCCAAUGCCUCAAACCCCUCCACCUCCUCGCUCCCCAAUUCAUCCCCACUCGACCCACAAUCCUCCCAAUCUCCCACCAACCUUCAACGGGGACUGUUACAAAGGAGCGUAGGACCAGAAGCAGUGACUAUAGAGCUAGACGCAGCAGAGGAAGAGGGUCUAGCUCUUUACUGGUCCUCCCUUCAAACUGUCUUCUCCACGCUUGCUCCCUCUGUCAGCCGCCGUUUUUUCCCCGCUACCGCUGUUCCUGACUUGCUGAACGCUCGCGUGUGGGCCUCUCAUGCCCUCCUGCCGCUGCGGCUGCAUAUCCAGCUCAUGCGCCGCUUACAAGCUGUCUCGUUACAGGACAGGGAGACGACCGUGCGCGCGACUGCGGCCGAGAUUGCACGGGAAAUGGGGCUUACGAAAGACCAGGCGAAGCCUGAGUGGAGGAAAUAUGGGUGGGAGGAGGGGGGCGGGGGUCGGGGGAGGAUGCGAAUGGUGGGUGCGAGUGGGGCGGGUAGUGGUGGUGGUGGUGGUGGUGCUGCUGCUGCUGCUGCUGCUGCUGCUGGGAGUGGUGAUGGUGGUGGUGUUGCUGGUGGUAGGGAUGGUGGUAGAAUGCUUGUGGUUGCGAAAGAGAAAGGACUGUUGGGGGUUCGUGGAGGGAUGGAGAGUGGGCAGGUGAAGCGGAGAGAGGAGCAGAGGAGUGGGGAAGACGCGGCAAGGAAAAGACGAAGGAUUGGUGGGGAUGAGUGGGAAGGUGAUGGGGAUGGUGGUGGUGUGGGUACGGAUGGGGAUGGUGAGUGGGACAUGCAAAGGGAGGAGGGGGGUGAAGGGGAGGGUGUUGGAUACGAUGUGGAUGGGGGAGAGGAGGGAGGAGGAAGAGGAGGAGAGGGAGAGGGGGAGGAGAAGGAGGAAGGGGAGGAAGGGGAGGAAGGGGAGGAAGGGGAGGAAGGGGAGGAGGGGGAAGAAGACGAGGAUAUUGGGGGGGGUUCAAGAGCGCUUGACGGCUCUGCUGUUCGGCUGCGACGAGUCACUUGGACUCAGUUUUCCACUCGGUCUCGAUUCCCUCUUAACUCUCAAAUGCCCCUCCCACCCAUUCCCGCUCCUUCCUCCGCCCCCAACCCCCCCAGCACGCUAAUCAAGGAGCACGCCACACUUAUUGAGGAGUACGCACGUGUGCGUGCCCGCCAUCCGCGCAUGCAGUGGCACCUCUACUCGCACCGCCUGCCCUUCCCGCCCUCUGCCUGCCGCCGCCACGUGGCCUUGCUUCGCACCGAUGCGCGCACACGCCACGCGCUGCAGGACCUCUGCGCUCUCGUUGCUCUGAGACUGUCCCGCUGGGCCAAGUUUAAGCAGGCGCUGGCGCUGCAGCAGCAGCAGGCGCAGUGGGAGGCGCAGCAGGAGCAGCAGCGGCUGGAGCAGGGGGGGAUGGAUGAGAGUGAUGGGGAAGGAGGAGGAGGAGGAGGGGAAGGAGGUGUAGGGGUUCUCACCACGGCUGGACCAGUUGCUGCCACUGCCACUGCCACCGCCACUGCCACCCCUGACCUCACCGCCGCCACUGCUGCUGGUGCUGCUGCUGCAGGUGCUUCUGAGGCACCAGUUCCUUCCCCUUCGCCUCUCUCCAUCCCGCCAUUAGCCCCCACUCCAUCCCGGCAGCGGGAGGUGGUGUGGGAGAGCCGGUGGGAGUGGGACGAUUUCUCCUGCCCUGAGUUGGCCCGCGCUGUGGAUCGGGUGCUCGUUGCUCAUUACUCCCUGCGCCCCUGGCUGAUGCAGCAGCAGGAGAAGCAGCAGGUAGGGCGUGUACCUGCUGCUGCUCCUGCGGCUGCUGUGGCGGGUGAAAGGGAGUGGAGAGUGGAGGGAAGACGAGCUGGUCUGACUGGUGCCACUGCUGCAGUUGCCGCUGGUACAAGAGACUUAUCAACAGGCACAGCAGCAGGAGCAGCAGCAGAGGCAGGAGCAGGAGCAGCAGCAGCAGAAAUUGCACCAAUGCUUGCCCUUCAAUCGUCCAAUCCAGCUGCAGCAACCAGCAUGGCCAUCACCACACUUCACACCUCCCUCGCAACCAACGCAGCCAGAGCCGCAGACCGCAGCCAAACCAUCAUCAGCAAAAAAGCCCUCAAAGCACAAAAGCUCCUCUCAGAAAUGCACCGGCGGCCCUUUGCCGCCCCAGCGUGCGAGCUCAUCAAAUCCAUUCUCAGCGGGACGACUGUCAACGGCUCUCUCCCUCCCCUCCUCGUUCACGCGCUGCGAAGGUUUCCGGAAAGCGACGUGGUUGUGGCGUUUGAGUAUCUCCGAAUGAGUGAUCUUGUGGUUCCGGGGAAAGGGUCCCGAGCGUUCUUUCUGAACCCUGACCAUGUGGAAACGGCUUCUAUAUCCCCGUUGCCGCCUCAUGCCGCUGCCGAUAGCGCGGAGUUUACACAGUGGGUGCAGGAGAGGAGAGAGGUGCUGGAAGGGGCGUGGGAAAGGGUGCCUUUAACGCUGAGAUGCGGGCAUUUGGUGCAGUUGCUGACCUUGGUUUCUCAAGGGCAGCUGGAGCUGAAAGGGGUGCUGCCGAAGAAAGGCGUGGGGGAGAGGGAGGAUGAUGCUGAGGAGGAGAGGAGGAGGCAGAGGAGACGUGUGUAUGAGAAGUUGAGGAGGGAGGGGAGGGAGGAGGAGGCGGAAGAGGAGAAGGGUCGGAUGGGUGGUUCUGGGGAAGGGGUGAACGGGAGAGGUGGGAAGGGGAGGGAGAUUGUGGGAGGGGAAGGGAAAGGUGGGGAGGAGCAGAGCGAGGAGGAGGAAGAGGAGGAGGAAGAAGAGGAGGAGGAAGAGGAGGAGGAUGGGGAGGAGGAGGAGGAGGAGGGGAGAGGGAAUUCGUCAGUUCAGACACCGUAUGGUGUUAGGCAGUUGGUGAGGGGGUUUCCACAUCUGAAGGUGCUGGUAAGGAGUGCCCUGGUGCCUGUACCCGAUCUGGUUACUUGUCUUUGGGAGAAUGCUGUGAAGGGCUGUGUGGGGAAUGUGGGGAAGAAUGGGAAUGUGGGGGAUGGGGGGGAUGGGGGGGAUGGGAUGGAUGUUGAGGGUGGGUGUGAGGGAAUGAAGCUGGGAGGAAAGAAAGCAGUAUGCGAAGCGGGCAUGGUGGAGGAAGGGUUGAUGGGAGGAGGGACAGGUGACGGUGAUGGUGAUGGUGAUGGUGAUGGUGAUGGUGAUGGUGAUGGUGAUGGUGAUGGUGAUGGUGAUGGUGAUGGUGAUGGUGAUGGUGAUGGUGGUGCUGCUGCUGCUGCUGCUGCUGCUGGGGGUGAUGAUGGGGGUGUUGUUGUUGGGGGGAAUGGGAGGAGAGCAGGAGGAGGCGAGAAGCAAGAAGCUACCUCAGAACCCCCUCGCGAUUCUAUCUUUGAGGCACUUCAAGAAGCUGCUGCUGAAGGCCCACAGGGAGGUCAUGUUGAAACCGCCGCACAAGGAGCUGUGGUUGAGAAGAGAGGAGGAACAGUAAGGGAAGGUGUGGAAGCAGCAAGGGAAGGGAGAGAAGCAGCAAGGGAAGGGGCAGAGACAGCAAAGGAAGGGGCAGAGACAGCAAGGGAAGGGGCAGAGACAGCAAGGGAAGGGGCAGGAGCAGCAAGGGAAGGCGCAGAAGCAGCAAGGGAAGGCGCAGAAGCAGCAAGGGAAGGCGCAGAAGCAGAUAGAGGCAAUGAGUGGGGGUGGCAUCACCCAAGUAGUCUUCUCUCUGCAGUACAAAAACACAUAGAGGCCAGGGGUCACAGAGGAUGCUCCUUAGAAGCACUCAAACACGCACUAGUCCCUAACGGGGCCGGCGAGAGCUCUGCUUCUGCUGCCUUAGGAUCAACCGCAGCAGCAGUAGCUGUGGAAGUAGCAUCAGCAUCAGUAGCAGCAGCAGCAGCAGCAGCAGCAGCAGCAGCAGCAGCAGCAGCAGCAGCAGCAGCAGUGGGGGUGGGGGAGGAAGAGGUGGAGAGCUGUGUGGCGGAUUUACUAGCAUCGGGGAAGGUCAAACAGGUUGCUCUCUUUGACUCACUGGUUCUCAUGGCGUCGCGCCACGCAUCCCUCUUCUUCCUCCGCAAGCAAGACACCACCGCUGCUUCUGCCCUUGCCACCACUACCACCACCGCCACCGCCACCGCCACCGCCACUCUUGCUGCUGAUUCUGUCACUUGCACCAACCCAUCGCAAGCUCUCACCCACGCACCAGGGACGAGCGGGGACAAGGGGAAGGGGUUGGGUUUGGAAGCAGGGGAAGGGGAGAGGGAGAGAGCGGCCCAGGGCCUGAUGACCCUGGGGAGCAGAAAAAGGGGAAACGAGGGAGGAAAGGGAGAGGAAGAGCUGGGGAAGCAGAGGGGGGAACAAGGGGAGAAGCAGGGUGGGAAGAGAGGGGAGAAAGAGGAGAGGGAGGAGAGGGAGCAGGAGGAGGUGGCGAUACGACCGUGGCUGGAUGGUUCGGGGCGGGAGAAAGCAGCUCUGCGGAGCAUGUUUGUGCGCAAGAUAAUGGCUGUGGUGGCGUUCCAUCCCGGCAUAGAGGAGAUCAUGGCUGUGGUGGCCUUCCAUCCCGGCAUAGAGGAGGUGAGUGCGCGUGGACAUGAGUAUGCUGCUGCGUCUCGUUCCGCUUCUCAAUCCCCAGUGUUGCAGCAGUAG